AUGUUUAAAAAUGAGUUUGAGAGUACUGGCAUUGAAAGAUUACCAGGGGAACCUUUUUCAAAAUUUAGUCGUCGUUUAGAAGAUCACAUGAGGCCAGAAAUUCUUAAAGCGUUCCAAGAAGAAAUAGUUGAUAAACCUCCUGUUAUAACUGUUAUACCUAAAAACAAGUUACGAAUAAUAUCAUCACCCAAAAAGAAACAUAGUAAUAAGUCUCAAUUAAGCUUAGCGGAUAAACGUAUUGUUGAAAAAGAACGUAAAAGAAUUAUUGAACUUUAUCGAUCAAAGAAAUCAAAUAAAUUGAAUAAAUUAGAUUAA